AAAUACUUUCACAUCCAAAAGAUGUAACCUAGUAGUCCACGAAGUUGGUCCGUAAUUAUUAGUCUCAAAUUAAAACAUGAAAAAAUCAAAGAACAUAUUCCUGCUUUGAUGUGAAUAACAGGGUAUUGUGUUGGUGAGAGAUAGUGUAAUUAGUCCAGGUGUGCCUGACUAUUAUUUUAAUAGAAAAGUUUUUCUUUUCAUAUUCUGUUUAAGAGGAAUAUUUAACAUGACUUGUGUUAAUUCUAAAGUGGUGGGCAGAAAAACUCAACUUUGUCAAUCAAAUAAAUCUUUUGUUAUUACUAAUUUUUAUAUCAACUAUGUUGAGGCUCAAAGGCCUUAACAUUGUCAAUCAAAAAAAAAAAAUCAGAAUCCAUGAAAGGCCUAUUUUCUUUAUGCAUUUGCUGCCAAUUUCUCUUCAUUUUACUAACUUCUGCAGCAUUAGAUACAAUCACUAUAGAUAAAUCCAUUAGAGAUGGUGACACAAUUGUUUCAGCUGGAGGGGUUUAUGAGCUUGGAUUUUUCAGCCCUGGAAAUUCGAAGAAGAAUCGUUACGUUGGCAUAUGGUACAAGAAAAUAUCAAAUGGAACUGUUGUUUGGGUUGCAAACAGAAAGAUUCCACUUAAUGACACUUCAGGAGUGUUAACACUUAAUCCCAAUGGAAUUCUUGUACUUGUUGAUAAAUCCAAUGUCUCAAUUUGGUCAUCAAACUCAUCGAGAUUGUUAAAGAAUCCAAAAGCACGGUUACUGGAUUCAGGGAACCUUGUUGUCAGUGAUGGAAAUGAUAGAGGCCUGGAAAAUAAUUUCGCGUGGCAGAGUUUUGACUAUCCAGGAAAUACUUUGUUACCUGGUAUGAGGCUAGGAAAAGAUUUUGUCACGGGAAUGAAUUGGCAUUUAACGUCAUGGAAGAGCACAGAUGAUCCUACUCCUGGUGAUUAUGUAGAUCGUGUUGAUUCACAUGGAUAUCCACAAUUGUUUGUGUGGAAAAAUUCAUCUAUAGUAUUUAGCUCAGGGCCAUGGAAUGGUAUUGCAUUUAGUGGUAGUCCUAAUAAUAAACCAAAUACAUAUUACAGUUUCGAGUUUGUUAUUAAUCAGCAGGAAAUUUACUACACAUAUACAAUUAAGAAUGACUCUGUACCCACCAGGGUGGUGCUCAAUCCGUCUGGUGUGCUAGAACACCUAACAUGGAUAGAGCGCAGUCAGAGCUGGUUUCUCUACUUGACAGCACAAUUUGAUAAUUGUGAUCGUUUUGGUUUAUGUGGACCUUAUUCAAGUUGCAACAUCAAUAACUCCCCUCCAUGUGACUGUUUGAAAGGUUUUGAGCCUAGGUAUCCUCAAGAUUCUGCAACAGAGUGGUCUAGUGGUUGCGUAAGGAGAACUUCUUUGGAUUGUACCCAUGAUGGUUUUCUUAAAUUUUCAGGUAUCAAAAUGCCUGAUUCUAGAAACUCCUGGUAUAAUGACAGCAUGAACCUUGAAGAUUGCGAGAAAAUGUGCUUGGCUGAUUGCAAUUGUACAGCCUACUCAGAUCUUGAUGUUAGAAAUGGAGGAAGUGGAUGCUUACUAUGGUUUGGUGAACUCAUAGAUAUACGCGAGUUCAGCCAAAAUGAACAAAACCUGUUUGUGAGAGUUGCAGCUUCAGAAUUAGACAGGAAGGGGAGGAGAAAGAGGGCAGCCCUGAUUGGCGUCAUUUCAGCAGUGGUAGCAACAUUUAUCCUCAGCUUUUUAGCUUGGUUUUACUUCCGAAGAAGGAAAAGAAGAAGAGGCUUAGAAGUUGAAAAUGAGGAAAUGGAGCUUCCAUUGUUUGAUUUAGUUACUGUUACAAGUUCCACUGGAAAUUUCUCUUCUGCUAAUGUGAUUGGGGAAGGCGGAUUUGGACCGGUUUACAAGGGUAUCCUACCAAAUGGACAAGAUAUUGCAGUAAAGAGACUAUCGAAGCAUUCUGGACAAGGCUUUCAAGAGUUAAAAAAUGAAAUCGUUCUCAUUUCCAAGCUGCAACAUAGAAACCUUGUCAAGCUAUUGGGUUGCUGCCUUGAAGGAGAAGAAAGGAUGCUAAUAUAUGAGUUCAUGCCCAACGCUAGCUUGGACUAUUUCAUUUUUGAUUCAAGUAGAAAAGCAUCACUUGCAUGGAAGAACCGUUUUGAAAUUGCUAUGGGAAUAUCUCGAGGUCUUCUUUACCUUCACCAGGAUUCAAGAUUACGAAUUAUUCACAGAGAUCUCAAGACCAGCAACAUUUUAUUAGAUACUGACAUGAAUGCCAAAAUUUCUGACUUUGGCCUUGCCAAAAUUUUUGGUGGAGAUGAAGUGGAAGGAAAAACUAAAAGAGUAAUAGGAACAUAUGGAUAUAUGUCCCCGGAAUAUGCCGUUGAUGGGAAAUAUUCAGUAAAAUCAGAUGUAUUCAGCAUCGGUGUAAUCAUUCUUGAAAUAGUCAGUGGCAGAAAGAACAGGAAAUUUCGUCAUUUGGAACAUCAUCACAAUCUUUUAGGACAUGCAUGGUUACUUUGGAGUGAAGGCAACGCGUUGGAACUCAUAGACGAAUGUAUCAAAGAAUCCUUUUCAGAAUCUCAAGUGCUGAGAUGCAUCCAGGUUGGUUUGUUAUGCGUCCAAAAACUCCCCGAGGAUAGGCCUACAAUGGCAUCAGUAGUUUUCUGGUUAGGCAAUGAAGGUCUGGUUCUUCCUCAACCAAAGCAACCUGGUUUUUUCAUAGAGAGGAAUUCGAUGGAAUCAACUAAAUCAUCAACUGAUGAAGGAUAUCUAAGUAACAAAGUAUCGAUAACAAUCCUGGAGCCAAGAUAGAUAUAAAUUCCAACAAUUGGAACUUUUGAAAUGUAUCCACUUUGUCCUGUUUUGUCAAACAUUGAUAGUGUAUAUGUGACUAUAUAUGAGGUGAAUUGACAUGUAUUCUUUCUGUACAAUAAGAGAUGUAAUGAAUUUGCCUAUUCUGAGUUA